CUGACAGCGCAUCAAGAUACACUGAUCAACGACAGACCACAGACUCAAACAUGAGAACUUACUGCAUCUUCAUCACCUGUCUGGUGCUCUUCGCCAUUUGCUCAUUUACUCGCAGUGAAUGGAGCAAUGGUCCAGAUGUGUGCUGCUUUUCUUUUUCCAAUGUAAGAAUUCCAGUAAUGCAGGUUGAGAGUUACCAUACAACACAUCUUGAAUGCCACAGGAUUGGAAUUGUUUUCAUCACAAAAACUUCAAAGGAGAUCUGUGCUGACCCAUCAGAGAAAUGGGUUCAGAGACUGAAGAACCUUGUGGAUGCUCGUACCCUGAAGGCGAUGGCAACAGAGGGCAGCUCCAUGGACAGUGUCUAACGUGUGAACUGCUCUUCUCUUUUCAACUAUUGGACUGAACAAUUUCUAAAACCAUUUUUAAGCUUUUAUUUAAAAAAAACAAAAAAAAAAAAACACAUAUAUAUGUAAGUUCUUUCACAAUGCUGUUUUUACUGCACAGUUGAUUGUCAUUAUGUAUUCAAAGCAUAUUUAAGCAAAACAUUUCCAAUUUAAU